CGGAUCGGACGCGAUUGUUGGAGGCAUCUUUCGAACUGAACUUCGAACGUCGGACCGGUUGGGAAAUGGUUUUUGAUUUGCAAGCCUGGAAGUGCGUGUAAGUGGACAGCGCAGGCAUAUUACGCACGGUUGAGAUUGUGGUGAUAUUUUUUUUACUUUUAUUUUUGUUACUGGUCAAAACCGGGCGAUUUUUUUUUAAUUCGUGUGUUUCCGUAUUUUGCACUACGUUGCUAAAAAGUGCAACUAGCCGCUGACACCCUGCGUUUGUGGAUCAAACAACGGUCAGGAUCUGGUCGUCCGUUUGGCCGUUAAUACCAAGCGUCGUGUGAAAUUAUGAUUAUUACCGUGCGUACCAGCAGCUGCUCCAAGCGUAGUUCGUGGAAAUAGGUCAACUAAUGACCGGUUCGGAAGGAAAAUCUAGCAUACAAACCCACAAACGGAAGAAUCAAAAGUCACCGAAUGGUGAAAUUCAUGACAGUUGGUGGACUAUGUCUAAUUAAUCUUUAUUAUUAUCGUUCCGAAAGUCAUAUUUCCGAGGUUUUGCCUCUGGUGCUGUGCGUGUGUUAAUAAAAAGUCAAACUUGGAAGGAACCAAGCGAGAAAAAAAGCGGAAAGAAUAAACGGAAAAACAACCGGGCCAAACUUCGAGCGCAGAGGCACUAAAUUAGUAAAAUUGGAUAAUUGAUGAGUGUGAACGGGAAAGUGUGGCUGCCCGUGAAACCGUGGAAAAAUCGAGCUCCGUGCAGCAAGGUGGGACGACAGUCCGUGAAAUGAAAAAGUCGAAGGUAGCAGACCGCGAAGAAAGAAACGGCUGCAGAUUCAAAUUUGCAUAGGAACCGAACCAGCGAGCGGUGAGCAGAACGAGAAGGAGAGGUGUUGCUGGAGACGUCCGAGUGCUUUACGUGCAGUUCGGUGGUGUUCCACGGUGUACACAUCCGACAAGACGUUAAUCACUCGUGUUUAUCGCCGAAUCAAACGUCAUCCACCCGAAUUCUCGAACCGGCAAAAUAAAAUCCUCACCGUAGAAUACGAAGUUGAUCCUUCACCCGCUGUUCCCGCUGCCGAUGACACCAGCCCUAACCACAGUACAACACCAUCGAAACGAGGAUCCAGGGAAGCUUAUCGGCGGAUUAUCGAGGCAGUUUCAUUACAUCGAUUGGAUUGGACGAACUGUUGCAUCGCUUUUCCGCCUAUUGUUGGCAGAAUCACCGGGGGAGAUACUACAACCGAGAUGAAUGAUGACAUCCAUUAAUAUGAUGAAGUAUGUUAAACAUUCAGCCUCCGAUACCACCAGAGUGGCAGGAAUCGAUAGGGUGUGAAAAAAUCCUCGAACUUUUAUGCGUGGGACUACGGGGGAAAGUGAGAGAAUAAUAAUUGAUCGCGAUAAAUUACUUUGUAAACAGUGCAAUUACAUUGGUGUGUAUGUGUCAAUUAAAUCCGUCUGAAUCGGAUGAAAAAUUGGGUAAAAUACUCCCAGUGCUGAAAAAAAUACACAACAUAACACAAAAGAGUUGUCUCAUCAAAGAGCGGCUUUCCAUCCGAUAAAUUGAGUCGCUUGGGUAGCAAUUUUCACGCGGAAUCAAACUUCAUACUGAUACACACAUACACACUGUGCAUUUUGAAAAAAAAAUCAACAAAAAAAAAACGCUAGGUGAAACAAAAUAAAAAUACGCACCGCCCGAAUCGCGAUAGAGAAAAGUUAAUUAAAAGUCCCGAACAACGGGCGCCGAUUCGGAAGCAAGCAGGAAGUGCUAGAGUGGAACAGGAUGAAGCAAGGUGCUUAUUUGGGCGGAAUACAUCCGUCUACAGUGCUGCGAGGACGGCCGGAGCGGAACCUGACACUGACAACCUGUCUGCUGAUCGGAUUGUGCACCAUUAUACCAGUGACAGAUGCACUAAGAGACGUUCAGGCCACAGUACCCCAAGCUGUCCGGCGGGGGGACAACGCAAUGCUAUACUGCCACUACGACAUGGAUGGCGAGAAUCUUUACUCGGUCAAAUGGUAUAAAGGACGACGAGAGUUCUACCGAUACACGCCGAAAGAGAACCCGGCGAUGCAAAUUUUCCCAUUAACGGGUGUGCAAGUUAAGCGAGCAGCAUCCAACGCGAGCCAACUGAUGCUGGUCGGACUGAACCUGUCCUCGUCGGGGAAGUACAGCUGCGAGGUGUCGGCGGACGCACCAUCCUUCCACACAAUGCUUGUCACGGGUGAUUUGGAAGUUUGCGAGGUCCCAAAGCACGUCCCGUACAUACACGGCAUUCGACCGCGGUAUCGAUUGGGUGAUAUCGUGAGGGGUAACUGCAGCUCGGCACACGCGCGACCCGCUGCCAAUUUAACGUGGUACAUCAACGAAGUACAGGCUAAUCCCUCACAUAUUCGUAUUCAUAAGCCGUUUAGAGACCGUAAAACUGAGCUGGAAACUUCGGUCAUCGGGUUGCACUUUGUGGUUAGCCUUCAUCACUUCCAGAACGGAAAGCUCAAGAUUCGCUGCACAGCCAGAAUUCACGAAAUCUACCUGCAGUCCACGGAGAAAUCAAUCGACGAGGAACGACCCCGCGUCAUCUCGGCGGCCUCCUCGUCCUCCUCGUCCAAUAGCAACAGUAUCAACCUGAUGCAGAACAUCCCGUACGACCAGUUUCCCCAGCUGGACAACGAGCUGGAUCGGAAGGACUACAUGACGCAUUUGCAAGGCGACAUGUCAUCAUCGGCCGGAAGUGCGUCCUCCGUCCAGGCGAGAUCGAUGCUAUCAAUCAGCUCAACCCGAUUCCGGCGGCUGCUGCUGGCAGAGGCAACAGGACUAGCAAUAGUUUUCCAUCACUUGCUCAAAUUCCGCACGAUUUCCAUAACAUGAUUCCGUGAUGUGCAUUAGGGAUGCGAUUUCGGUUCAGCUUUCUUCCGUUCGGUCGUCGGUUGGUGUUUCCUUCGCGCAGCGCUUUUCGUACCAUCGAUGUAGAUAAUGUUUUUUUUUUUUUGUUUUUGGUUUGGUUUGGUCUCGCUUCUCUCGCCUUACUCCAAGUCAUGGAGGGACCACGGGCGAAUACUAUCCUCUACUGUCCAGACAACAGCCGGUCGUAUGCUUGUGUGGGAGAAAAAGAGAAAAAAAGAGGAAAAGGGAACGCCUCGGCGCAACUGAAAUGGAAAGUUGAUCCCGCGCGAGGUGGAGCAGGCGAUAAGCAGCGGAGAAAAGCGUGAUGAAGGUGUUAAUGAUAGCGACGACGCUGAUUAAUGGUUGUUUGGCGAGUGCGUGCGGAAUAUGUGUGUAGAAUUUUAGUCAACUUUUAGAUUUAGCUGAAAAUAAGAUUACCGCAGGAGAAGAAGGGAAAAAUGGAAAAAUAUUCAAAAUAGCAUAGCAGCGAAAACGGUGUGCUAUAAAGCAGUUGUUGUAAUGAUAUGUUAACUUAAGAAUCGCAGUGAUAGGGUUGAAUGGGAGAGGAUUCAUAAUGUUUUAUUGUAGUGCUGUUGGUUUCAAAUUGAUGGAUUUCUUCUUUAUAUACAAUAUUGUUAAUUACUGCGAGCAAAACGCGCUCAACGACACUCUGUUAAACAUAACACAGCAACAAUAGUUUACUUACCAUGAAAAUUGCUUUGAAUUAUAAUUUAUUGUUUUAUCUAUUUGAAAAAAGUUUGAACAAUGAUUUCUAUGCAAAUUACACAGUCUCAAAAUAACAUUGGGCAGUCCUGUCAUAGCCUGUUCAAUUGAACCAUUAAACUUAGAAAUGGGUCAGAUCCAUUUCGUUCAUGAUUCUAUGAAUCGAAAAGCUUCCGCUGAUUGAGAUAUAAAUCAUAACAUAUAUAUUCUGAAAAAAUACACAACAAAUCAAAUAGUUGCUUCGAAGAAAAAUUUUUACAUGUUUACGCCAACGCGACUCAUAAACAUACACAUUGGAACGCUUUCGCGGUUAUUGCUCAUCUUCAACUUUUGCUUCACCAUUGCCCAAAAUUUAUAUAUUGGGCACAACUGGAGACAGUUAGGAGGAUUAGACUAUCCGUUAUUCUCAUACCAUCGUAGUUCGUUCUCCCGAAACGACAGCUAGCUAGAUCUGGUUAAAACGUUUAUUCUUCAUCAUUAGACAUUGUAGAGGAUAAAAUUUUUUAGUUUUUUAGUAAUUCCUUUUAGCAUUAUUCCGAAAUUCAUCGUCUUAUUCGACACAAAACUAUGGGUCGCAACUACAGAUAUCUCGCCAUUAUUGUAUUUUUUUUUCGAAAACUUAUCUAUAAAUUAAAAUUAAAAUGAAAACCUAAACACUGAAAUUUUAAGAAAAAAAUUAAAGAUUUCGAUUGCUUAUAACUCGAGCAUUUCUUAACCCUCCAAUACUCGCACAUAUGGUCUGACAGACCGAGAUUCAAAGAGGUGUCUGAAUUAAGUGACUAUUAAAAUUGAAUGUAGGGAAAAAAACAAUUUCUGAGGUUUUUUCAUUCAAUUAUAUGUUUUAUACACAAUAGCAAUCUUACAAAGGCACGUAUAGUUUUUGAGUCUUUGAGAAAGUUUCAGUGUUAUUUAAAAGGCCUGUCUACAAAUUUUCCGUUUCUCGAUUUCUGUGGAUAGGGCAUAUUCAUUGUUAAUGUAAAACAAGACUGGGAAUCUGACUUAUGCUCUGAUGGACUACUCGCUAAAUCUCUGUGACGGACAAAACUAAGUAUUGGCCUGUCUUCUGAUGUUGUAAUUUUUUAAAAUUAUUCUCAUUCUCUUUCAAUAAACUAAAUAAUUUUGUUUUUUUUUGCUAAACUGAUUUCAAUGCUUCUGGAUAACUUGUCUUGCUCAAACCUCUGUAAAGGAAUGAAAUGCAACCAUCUUCGAUUCGAGAAGACGCACCACGGUUGAUAUGGGAUACAGACUAGGGGGGUGUUGCUGAUUAAUGGUCAGCUGCAUCCCAAUAGGAAGUAUCCCGUGUCGGGCACACGUACAGAGCAUUGAAGAAUGCAACAUCCCAAUUAUAAGAACACUUGUAAUACUAAUCUCGAGCCAACCGCGAGUAAUCGGUUACAUAUUACUAACAUAGAUAAUAGGAAAAAAUGUCAAAAUAUUCAACUCCCGGCCUCGUCAGACUAACGCCAUAUGAGGCCUUGAUAAAAAUAUGUAUUUUUGAAAAAAAACCAUCAUUCCUGAGUGUUGAAAAUAAAACAAAAGCCCUUGUCUUUUGAAAGUAAUUUAUUUAAUAACAAUCUCAUUUGAAAUGAUUUUGUUCAAACCUCUAUAUCAAUCCUCUCUGAAAUAUUUUGAAUAUUUUUUUUCAUUUCGCCCUUAGGGUACAUUAUUCAGAAUUAUAGUGGUCAGAAAAAAUCGACUAUUUUGACAAUACGCCCAUCCUUAAAAAAUGUAACUUUUGUACCGCUUAACUGUUAGCAGAUUUUUGAGAUAUCAAAUAUGACGCUCCAAAUUUCAUUGAGGAGUAAAGUUUUGAAAGUUUAAGAAUGGUUUUGUGGAUUUUAAGAACAUAGCUUUUCAUAUCAUUUUUAAAAAUGUGAGAUGUUUCACAUAAGGAAUCAAAACCUCAGGUAUAUUCACCUUUUCGCUGUUGAUGUAUUUUGUUUUAUCCUGUUGUUGUGCUGGUUUUCUAGGAAAAAAUAUAAACAUGUAAAAUAUGUUUUUUUUAAUUAUUUAAUUUUUUUAGGGGUUGAAGAAAGGCCCUUGCUUUUCACGUGUUCAAUGAUUUUACAAUAACUAUAUCAUACGUCAUAUUUUCAUCAGACAUCUAGAUUUCUAAUCAUGACUUUUUGAAAAAAAAGCUCAAUUUGUUAACAUAUGCUCUUAGAAAAAAUCAGUCGCAAAUACAAUUGGUGAUAUGAUAAUGUAAAUUUUAAUUUUGAGUAACUGACACUAUACUCACUUAGUUUAAAAAAAAUCGGAGAGGGACGCGUCAUAAUCGGCCGUUUUUCGGGUCAUUAGGCGUGGAAUUGCUCUAUGUCGAAAUUUGGGUUCUCAUAGACAAUCCAUUAUGCAUAGCGAAUGUUCUUCUUUUUCAAGACACCCUCUGGCAACGCUUAAAAUAGACAAUGCAUACGCGUGAUUCAAUGAUACAAAAACACUUUCCACAUGGCGUAAGAAAAUCAACGCGGAGCAUCUUUUCAUUGAGCCCCCUAGGCUUUGAGAACAAAAAAAUAAAUACUCUCGAGCCACUCGGACUCCGCGUCGGGAAAAUUCUCUGUAUGUGGCUGAAGGACGCUGGUUCUUGGAGAGAAUAUAAAUGAAUGAAAUCAAAAGUGAAAUUUCCUUUACUGCUUUUGGUUUUUCUAUUAUAAAUCGAUAAAGAAUAUCAGAUGCUUAAAAAACAACACUGUAUUUUUAGAAAAUGUGAAGAAAUUCCCCCGUAAAAACUUAAAAACGGAGUAGCGUAAGCGCCAUUUCUACUAUUAUGUUACGAUGUGAUGCGAUGUGAUUUUUUUAUCUGAUCAAAUGGCAUGGGAUAAACGAGAUGGAGCAGUAAAUUCCACAUGACAUCUUCCGUAGUGGACGUUUAGCAUAAUGAAAGUCACAUGCCUCCUUUCUAGUAGGAAACCACUUUUUCAAAAAUCUCGACAAAUCUUUUGAUGAAACUCCAAAUGAUGCAUUUGGAAUUUCUAUUUUGAAAAUCUCGUCAAUUAUUUAAAUUUACAAAAUCAAACCCAGCUUAAAGGAAUAAUUUAUCCUAGAUUCACGUAUUUUUCUGUUAUCACAUAUUGCACAUGAAAAUUGCAACAAAAUAAUUAAACAUUAUCAAUGUUAUUGUGGAACACAAGGUCUUCUCAAUAGUGUCAUUUAUCUUCAGCCAUCAAAAGACAAUGCAACGAUAUUUUCUUUCCUCGACUGCUCGUUUCCUUUUUGGGAUGAUUUGAAGCCACACUCAACAUUAAUUCUGAGCACAUGUUUUGUUAUCCCGAUUUAUUACAUGAAAUGAGCCGAAAAAUAACAGAAAAUGUCUUGACUCUCAAAUACACCAGUAUCUGACCAUUUGUAUAAUAAAUCAGUAAUCAGUAAUGUAAUCCAUGCCAAACCGAUUUAGUGGUUCUCAGAUUUUCGUGAAAACUGGUAGUUUUGUUCGCAAAACAUUUGACCCGUAUUUUUUUAUUUUUUCAGUAGGCUGACCAUUUCCAUUUUAGGGUUGUCCAAAAAAUCUACUUUUUCCUCUUUUUUCCAAAAAUGAUUUUUUUCAAAAAUUCAUAACUUUUGAAAUACUAGACCUAUUCAGAUUAUCGACACAUCAAAUAAAAGCCAAUCACUUGAUUUUUUUUUUUUUAAUACUAUACCUGCAGAAAAUUUGAAUUGUGCUCUCGUUAUUAUUGAUUGCAUUCGUUUUUUAUUAUUUUCAUAGUUUCGGGACCAAAGGCGCUAUAUUAUUUUAUAAUUUUUCUGAAAAGCGAAUGUUCACAUAACAUAUGUCGAAACCAAAGAGGCUUGUCGUUUUUCAUAGUUAACCGAAUCAAGCCGUUGCCAAUUUUUCUCCAUCUGUAAACAUUUUGUACAGAUCGGAUUUCCAUUUGCGAAGUUCUGACCACACGGAAAGAAAUCGACCAAUUUUUUAAGCAGAUAGUGACUGGGAAUGAGAGAUGGUCACAAACGACAAUAUUGUGUGAAAAUAAUCGUGAUUAAAGCGUGGUGAAGCAUCUCAAACGGUGGUCAAACCAAGACUAAUGGCCAGGAAGGUCGUACUGUGUAUUUGAUAGGACAUAGACCAACAGAAGAGGUAUUGUGUUCCAUCAGGACAACACAAGGCCACAAACGUCUUUAGUUACUCGACAGAAACUCCGGGAGCUUGGUUGGGAGGUUUUAAUGCAUUCAUCACAUAGUCCGGACCUGGCACCAAAAUAUUACUACCUUUUUCUCGCAUUGUAAAAUUUCCUGAGUGAUAAUAAAUUUGGAUCAAGAGAAGAUAAUAAAAAUCGAUUACUAGAGGUUUUUCCAAUAAGAACCAAGACUUCUAUGAAAGAGGCGUCACGAAACUAUCUUUAAAAUGGCAAACAAAUUUCACAACAAAACGGUGCAUAUUUGAUAGGCUGACCAAACGUACCGUUUUUUCCGACCAAUUUUAAUUGUCCCGUCUUUUUAUCAAUUUCUACCGUAUUUGAAGUAUAAAGAAAACGUAUUUGUAAUAAUACCCUGUUGUACUACGAUUCAUUUGGAAAGCCAUGUCUUAAAUUGCUUCUCACUAGAGAUUGGUUAGCGAACUUUCGAACAUUUAUUCACCUCGUUGAAAGAGAUGGAUGUAUCUGCCAUUAAAGUUGCUGUUAAUUUUGAUGAUUUUAUUAUCCUCAAUAAAAAAGUGCAAAGUGUUCUUGAAAAAUAUUGUGGAUCGUAUUCAGGGAAUUUCUGUAUUGAGUUACCAUAUACAGAUUUUGAGCCGUUCAAGCACCUACGAUCGAUUCAGCGUGUGGAACGCUUUCGCUUUUGAAGUUUAUGUCGUUGUGUUGUGUGAACUGCUCGCUAGUUAGAUCGAGACUGAGUAUUAGAAAUCGCGAAUGGCUUAUUUAUACCCAAUAAGUUAUAAACGGAUGGGAUUAAUUUGCAAUAUCUCCUCUCUCUCUAUAGUAUUCGUACGAACGAACGCUGCAUUUACAUUUCUAGCGAACGGUUUACGCACAAAUCAUUCGCAGUGGUAUAUCAAAGUUAUACCUCAUAGCUACAUCCAUUACUUGGAAUAGAAAGUACGGGUAGAUAAGGACAGAAAUGCACAGAAUAAAUGAAUGAGAAAAUGAGUGCGCUUCCAAUUUUUGUUUGUCGAGUUUGAUCAGGCGCUUGGUGUUUCCGAUCCAAAAUAUGGGCCCCAUGUAACAACCCGAAAAUGUGUAGAAUUUUCAGUCUUUCUUUUACGGUUUUGAAAGUUUCUGAAGAAAACAUUAGCUGCAGUGCAGAUACGACAAAUUUAUAAAAAUUAUCUUUGCGAGAAUCUUAUUCCUUUAAUGUUUCAGAGUUACACCGAAAAUCGUCAAGGUUGGAGAAAUUUUCACGCUCGAUAAAUCAGGAAAUAUUGCAUCCGCUGGUUCACUACAGAGAAGUUCUUUCGAGUGCCACCUGUUUCAAAGAUAUGAAUUUUAUUUCGUACGAUGAGCCUAUAUCAUCGAUUCGGUUUUUUGUAGAGAUUUUAGUGAACUCCUACGAUUGUCUCCAUUGGCUAUCCACUGUCCUAUUGUGUCAGUUUGUUAGAACUAAUUUCUCUCUUAUUCAUAGAUAAAUUGCACCGCCGUGUGUUAAGGUGAAGAUGGAAGGAAGCGCUUCACUGACACAAGUCAUAGAAUACAUUUGAAAAAAAAAACAAUUCAAUACUGAAGUAAAAUGUAUGAACGAUGUGUUCCGAUGAACAAUUGCAAAUAUAAAUUUGUACAGAAUGUGUAUUUGCAUAUGAAGUAAAAUUUUGAUCACACGCGAGCAUGAGCAAAAUUUUGGUAUUAACAAGUUCUUCCGCACGGUAACUCGAUGUUGAUAAUUCCUCAAUAUUUUCCAUCGUUGAUCGUUGAUCGUUGAUCGAUUUUUUUUCAUAUAUUCACGUUAGAGCGCUUGAACCCUUCUCUUCGUUGGCCGAGGCAUUUUGAUUGAAUGUAAUACUUUUCCGUUUACUACGUUUACUGACAGCGGAGGCAGCCAUGGCAGUAUUCCGAGCUCUGCAAUACAAUUCUCUUAACCAAUGUUAAAGUAGCUAAAACUUACAUUAUAGACCUAUAAAACGUAAAAAUAAUAAUUGUUUUGAUAUCAACACAAUUUUAUUUUACUGAUUUUCAUGACAUGAAACGCUAUGACUCAGGAAUAUCAUUUUAUUGAGUGGUUUUUAUAGCUGUCUCGAUGAUGUUGUCUGGCAUCAGUGUCGAAAAAAUAACGAUGCUUUCACCAAUCCAAACAAAACCAUUGCGAAAAAUUUAAAAAUGAAAAUUGAACUUUCAGAGCACUACUGAAAAACGUCGAGUUUUCCGACGUUUUUCAGUAGACAUUACUGAAAAACGUCGGAAAACUCUCAAUUUUUCAAUUUUUCGCAAUGGUCGACAGAUGAAAAUUCAAUAUCAUAUGAGUAAUCGAUUAGAGUUUGGUCGAUAUCACUUGAUGAGAAGUGUGUGAAAACGAUCAGAGAUGAAAGAAAUGAGCGCCAUUGUGGCAGCCAUUUGUGGAUUCCUUCCACCUUCACCUUAACACUCUAUUCACAAUUAAUCUCAGAAUAUAUUCAUUAGUGGUUUUUUUAGUGUUUUUUUACACGAGAUCAAUAGCGUACCACUCAUGUAACCAAUCGUCAAAUUUCGGGACGGGCUAUUGAUUAACUACAGAAUCCGCGAAUCAUCCGCUCGCGGCUACGAGCUUCUACGAUACUUCAUGUAACUAAAUAGAAUGCAGAAAACCACCAUAAUCAAUGUCUCCGUUAAGAUUUAAAUACAAAACCAUGCGCCUCCACUGGCGCUCGAUUUACAUAUGAGUCGAAACAGGAACAUCCCUCUCGCACAUCUCGGCGCAACUUUUUACGCCUACACCAGCAAACAAUUUGCAUAGUUAUCUUGAAAAACAACUCUCCUGAAUCAUUUUGCAAUCAACAGCCCAAAAGAUACAUUACAAAAAGGUGAUGAAAGGUAACUCACCUCCGGAAUUCACCAAACGCCUUCUGUCUCCCAUUCUCCACGGCUCGGCUCAAACACACCUUCACACCAGAAAGAUCCCCUCGCGGUAUUUGAAUAAAGAAAGAAAAGCAUUCUCCGUAUUAAUACCGCGCUUAAUCCGAUGGAAAAAUAUUCGCUACAUUAAGAGCAAAUCUUAUUGCGGCGCAAGAUUUGCAUUUCGCUUUACGCAUGGAGCUUUUAUUCGUUCUGUCAUACUAUCGCCUCGCUCUCUCUCUUCACGGAGAAGAUGAAUUGCAAGUCAUUGAGGGCGCUGGAUUUCCGCCGAAGGAUACUCCUCCGGUGGGCGAGCGGAAUUAUGACGGAUGCCUUCAUCACUGACUAUUGUUUGCUGUUUGUGUUAUGAUUAUUGUUAUCGCUAUUAUUUUGCGCUAAUCUCGCACGCUCUGUAGUAAGCAUACUCGUCGUCAGAGACGUGGCAUGGGAAUGGGAUGCAAAUCCGGUACUGUCGGAGAGUCGGAGCUUACCCGGUACCCACACCUAACAUUCUUCGUGGCCGCCACUAUUCAAGUAUUCAAGCGCCUCUCGAGCCCGGGCCCCAAUGGAGCCCUGAAGAAGUGCAAAAUGCAAAUCAGUGGCAGAAAUUAUAAACGCAAAUAAAACGCUCCAAGAGCCGUGGAGAAUGGGACAAUGGAGCCAGAGUGUGAGGACGAACGGAAUGGACUGAAGUAAAAGAUACGGCGAAAUUAAAUAACACACAAAGGUGUGAAAGAAAACGAAAACAACUAUCCCCAGAUCAGUUUACGUUUUAUUGGAGUGUAAAUGGGGAAAGAAUAUAGCCUGAGAUGUCCACCAGUCGGGGACGAAAAAUACGCAUAAAAAAGCUGCUAAAAUCCGGACUAGCUCUAGGUAAAGUAAGUUGGCCGAUUAAAAAAAUAGUAGAACCAGAGUUUAAUGUAAAUACUAGGUAAGUAGCCGUAAGAUGCCAGAAUCAGUGCUGGUGUGUUGUAGCGUAAAGUGGCAAUGGAAAAUGAACAGCAGAAAGUAACAUUUUUAGCAGAACGAAUGUAAAAUGACGCGUAGGAAGAAUGCACAAUUAUAUACAAUGAUUUGAAACGCAGGGAUAGCAAGCUGGUAAUCAAGAGUUAUGGAAACACGAAGCGGCAUAUUCUUAUGGCGAAGCGAAAAAUUCAAUGAAUUUAUGUGUGAUAUGGAGAAAUAAAUAAUGAUACUGACAACAUAGAGAUACUAUCCAACAGAUACCAGAAAUAACACAUGGAUAUAGUUUAAUUAUUACCAGAAUAGUACUGAGAAUGUAAUUUUAAAUGCAAAUAAAAAAAAC